CAAAUCAUGACUCUUUCGACGGCAGGUUAUGUCAGGAUAUGGGACACGUCGUAUCUCAGUCAAGUAAGUAUGGAAGCACAAGAUUCGUUGGGAUUAUUCAAUCACGUGGUGACAUCAUCUGGAUUUUACAUCGGGCGCAGUUCAAUUUGCUUGCGGUCGGAUCUCAAGCGCACAUUUCGGUCGUGGAUCCAAGGAGCGCGUCAAUAGUUCAUGAAAUUGAUUCGGUUGACGAUGGUUGGGGCGUUAGGUCUCUGAAUUUCAACAAUCACAUCAUCACAACCGGUGGCGGGUUCGGCCGAUUGUCCUUCUACGACAUGCGCGCACAAAAAUACUUGGAGUUUCCUGUGCACACCGACACUGCCGAAUCAUCGAUGGUUUGCAAUUAUAAAGAAACGGGGUCCGGGUGGCUGCAUCGUGACGCUUUGUACAUGAAUCACUUUGCCGGCUACGCUCUGCAGAACGCUAUUUACACACUUUCAUACGAUCAAUCGGGAACUAAAUUAUUUACGGGUGGUGGACCUCUGCAACUCGGGUUGAAGGGUUCCUACGCUGCCUUGUGGUCCUGA